CGUGCCCCACGGGCUGUCAUGCCAUUGCGAAGUCUCUCUUGAAUUGUGCAGUCUAUUCAAUACCUAUAACAGUCAUUUCUCCGAGAAUAUAGAGUGGUUCUCACGGCAAUCCUUCUGCGAAACUUCACAGAAAGGCUCGAUCAAGAAGCAAGUUUUCGGCUAUGACCAGCAAGUCCGUCGAGGCAGUACCUGUGGCCGGUCAGUGGCCAGUUGACCCGCAGGAAGAUAUUCCGAUUUGGGACAAGAGAGUAUGGAUAGACGGCUGCUUUGAUUUUAGCCAUCACGGGCAUGCGGGAGCGAUGCUGCAAGCGCGGCGAUUAGGUGAUGAACUUUUGGUCGGUAUUCAUUCUGACGAGGAGAUUAUGGAGAACAAGGGCCCAACGGUGAUGACACUCAAAGAGCGUAUCGCAGCGGUGGACGCGUGCCGUUGGUCAACUCGGUCAAUUCCUUGUGCUCCUUACGUGACAUCACUUCCCUGGAUCUCUCACUAUGGCUGCAAAUAUGUAGUACAUGGAGAUGAUAUUACAUCAGAUAGCAGCGGCGAAGAUUGCUACCGUUAUGUCAAGGCCGCCGGCCGAUUCCUUGUCGUCAAGCGAACACCGGGUAUCUCAACCACGGAUUUAGUGGGCAGGAUGUUGCUCUGUACAAAGACGCACUUUAUUAAAUCACUUCAGAAGGUUCUGUCUGGUGAGGAGGGUGCUGAAGAUGCCGAAGAGCGCGCGAAGCUCGGCGCAGAAAUGACCCAGCGGGUUCUAGAAUAUGCGAGUGAUGAGACCGGGAAAGCACCAGGACCUGAAGUUUGGAGCUGGAACGCCCCGCUAGCUGCCAGGUUGCACGAUUCUCAGGAAGAAAAUGGCUCCUUUGAGCGCCUUGUCGCAGGAAAGCCCCCCAAAGCGGGUCAGAGAAUUGUUUACGUGGACGGUGGCUUUGAUCUCUUCUCGUCUGGACAUAUCGAGUUUUUGCGUAACGUUGUCGAAGUCGAGAAUGAAAUUGGGCGCAAACGGGGCUGGUUCGAGGACGAAGCUACCAACAAGAGGAAAGCUGAGCAUGGAGAAGACUACGGCCCGGCAUAUAUCAUUGCUGGUGUUCAUGAUGACGAGGUCAUUAAUUACUGGAAGGGAGUCAAUUAUCCAAUCAUGAAUAUCUUUGAGAGAGGGCUCUGUGUCCUCCAGUGCCGUUACAUUCAUGCGGUGGCUUUCUCGGCCCCUUUUGCGCCUAGCAAAUCGUACCUCACCACACUUCCCUAUGGUGUGCCGCAUGCCGUCUAUCAUGGGCCUACAUCUUUUAUGCCUUUGACAUACGAUCCUUACACGGCGCCAAAGGAGAUGGGUAUCUACCAUGAAAUUGGCGAUCACGCUUUUGCAAACGUCAAUGCGGGUGAGAUUGUGGAGCGCAUACUGAAGAGCCGCGCACUGUACGAAGAACGACAGCGUGUCAAGGGACAAAAGAGCGUUGGCGAGGAGGCCUACCGUAGGCGGGAAGAAAUGGAAGAAGAGGCAAACCGCAUCAAGCUCGAAAGAGAUGCUUCAAAAGGAAAUUUAUAGAUUUGAUUUGCUGACCACAUUAGACUGCUUUGCGGCUCGAGUCAGACUCGGACACUAUAACGCAUUACGAAGGGACAUGUGCAUAGCGAUGGCGUUCAACACUUGGCAGAGCUUUUAAUUUAAGGAUCAUUUAGAAGCUAAUCCUUUCUCACAGCGACGAGUCACAUGGCAUCACCAGGAUACAUGCACUUGAGCGAAGAAUGUAAAUAGCAUGGCAAGUAUUAAUUCAACAUUAUUUCUGUUAGAAGA